GUGAAUAGUAACUAAAAUGGAUAAGCUAUUGUGGACAAGAUUAGUGACUUUUUUUCUUAUUUUAUUUUUUAACAGAGUUAUAUCUAUUGCAGCAAAUGCCAAUGCAAAAUAUCCGGCAGCGUUUGCAUUUGGGGACUCAAUUCUUGAUACUGGAAAUAAUAACAAUCUUUUAACAAUGUCUAAGUGCAAUUUACCUCCCUAUGGAAAAGAUUUUUAUGGAGGUGUGGCUACGGGAAGAUUCGGAAAUGGCAGAGUUCUAUCUGAUCUGAUAACGGCGGCUAUGGGAGUAAAAGACACUUUGCCAGCAUAUCUGAAUGUAAACUUACAAGCUCAAGACCUUCCUACUGGAGUAUGUUUUGCAUCAGGUGGUUCUGGCCUUGAUGAUAUGACCGCAAACGUUCAAAAUGUUAUAACAAUGGGCGCUCAACUGAAAAAUUUUCAAGACUAUAUAGGAAAGCUGAGAGCAGCUGUUGGAGCAGAUAAUGCAUCUAGUAUCAUAUCCAACGCUUUGUAUGUGAUAUCAGGAGGAAACAAUGACGUGGCAAUCACUUAUACUUUUACAUACAAACAUUUCAUUUCUUCCUCGGCAAGUCAAAGUUUUCUUAAGAGUUUAUAUCAAUUAGGAGCACGACAUGUGUGGGUUCUAAGUACACUACCAUUGGGAUGCUUACCGGCAGCUAGAACAACGGGAGGACCAUUAAGAUUAUGUGUAGAUUACGAGAAUAUGUUUGCGCAACAAUUCAAUGGCAUGUUAGCUAGUGGGGUUUCUAGUCUUAAAGCCACCCUUCCCGAUUAUGAUGUUAAAUUUGUUGAUGUCUAUUCUCCUAUGCUUCGACUCGUAAUGAAUCCUUCCGCUUCAGGAUUCGAAAACGCUUCGAACGGGUGUUGUGGAACAGGGACGAUGGAAAUGGGACCAAUGUGUAAUAUGUUCACUUUUCAAUGUCCAAAUACAUCAUCCUACUUUUUCUGGGAUGCUGCUCAUCCUUCAGAGAGGGCUUAUAAGCUUACUCUUGCUUUGAUUCUACAAAAUCUAAAUUACGAUCUUACCAGUUAUAGUAUUUCCAAGGCUCUUGGUCCUUUGAAUGUAACAAGUCUUAAUUUAAUUUAAUUGAUAAUUUUCAUUUGUAUGAAAAUUUUUACUAUGUAUUUAUCCAAAGAAAGUAAAUAAAAUGGACU